CAGUAUUUUCGAGUUCUGUGAGCGUCCGUGAGUCACUCAAAUUUGAGACUUCGACGUGAACGGUUCGCCGGCUUGUAGGCCGUUUUGUUCGAAUUUCCAGACGAGUAUCAUUCUUUUUCCGAGCGGUUCGCAUAUGCCUCGCUGUUGCUUGCAACACGAGUUAAAAGCCGGUUGACGACGUUCAGUUUCAGUUAAAUGUUUCAGAACGCAUCUGACGGAUAAUACAAAAAUUAUUUUUGCCAAAACACACUGAAGUAUCUGAGAGAUAAACGGUUGCGAUUGUUUAUGCCGUGACGUGCGUGGGUGUGAGUGCGUAUGCGUAUCUGUGUAUGAUAUAAAAAAGAGCCCAGUCAGUUGGAUCUGGAUCUGUGUGUGCGAGUGUAAACAAACAACUAGCGGGCUCUCCGGCUCUGAUAAGCAGACAAGCUUGGCAUUUGAUAAAAAUCCAACAUCAUCCAACAACGGUCUAUCGAAACAGCUAUGAAAACACAAGUGCAAGUGCUGCGACAAGUGCCAAUAGCAGCGCAACUGUAAAAACCGAAAUCAAAAUAAAUCGCCCGGCCUAUUGGGAAAAACCGGCAUAAGGAAAGUGAAAUCCAAAUCCGAAAGAUACAACCUCCCAGCUACUGUAAAUACCGUUGAAAGUCAGUGAAUUAUUUGAAAAAAAAAAAAAUAUAUAUAUAUAUAUGUAUAUUCAGAUGCAAUCUAAACAGAAAUGUCGGCGAUAUCGCACUUGUGCCAGCAGUAAAAAUUAAGUUGAAAAUUGAAGUUAAGAAGAAAAUCCAGCCAGUCCGUAGCAGAUGCAGCAACAGUAGCAAUAGUAUUAGUAGUAACAACAAAUUAUUGUGUAAAGUCUACAACAAAAAAAAAGAAAAAUAAAAAUUCUUAUCGGUGUUGCCGGUCGAUUUGUGAUCAACCAUACCGGCGUCGUUGCAAUUUGCUCGGUGUUAGUGUGUCGGUGUGUUUGUGUGCAAACAAAACAAGUUUGCAAUAGCAGUAACAGUGGCAAGUGUUGCACUCAGGCCACAACAGCAACAACAACAAGAUAAACAACAACAACCAACCAGAUCGCCCGAUCACCACUACCAACAACUUCAUUACCAACAUCAACAACAGCAACAAAUCAGCCAGGCCCAUAAAAAAGAAGCCAGAAAAACCAACAACCAAUCGGGAGGCCAACAAAAUUUCAAUCUAAAUCAAUAAAUGUGCUGAAAUUAAAUAAAUAUUAAGUAAAUAACAAACGAAAUUAAAGAGAAAUAGUUGCGAGUAAAAUAACCAACGUGUGCAAAGUGCAGAUCAAUACAUAUUCGGUAUAAUAAUCCAAAAUAAAGUAUAUAUCUUUAAGCGCGAGUGUUACAAUGCUGCCCGUCGCAGCAUCGGUCAUUGUCGGGAUGCAAAAGUAUCUUUAAAAUCAAAAUUAAGCCAAUCAAAAUAUAUAUUCUCUCACGAGUUGUAAAUCAAAUCAAAAUUCCAUCAAAUCAAACCUCAAAUUGUUGACCCAUCAACAGUUUGAGUAAUUAUAUAUAUUUCUGCCCCAUCAAACAUUAAUCAACGGCCUCACGACGGAGUCCUUUGGGGUUUGGCAUAUCGAGGAAGAGGAUUUAGGGAUGGAUAUCCUACCGAGCGGCAAUAUCUUCAACGAGUUGGAGCAUAUCUGCAACACAGGCUACUUUUCGUCGCAGCCUUCGAUCGAGGAUCAAUGGCAACAGACCUGCUAUGAGCUGGAACGUUAUCUGCGCGAUGAGCCCAAGCUGCAGAAGAAGAUGCACAGCAACCUGGACCAGGCCUGGGAGAUCUUCUCGACGCCCGCCCGCCUGCUCGAGGAGCUUAAGAUCAAAGAGCAGCACCUGGACGCGAUCUCGACCACCUCCUCGGUCUCCUCCAACUGCUCGGGCAUAUCCUGGGACAGCAACGGCUCGCAGGCACUGAGUUGCUCUGUGCUGGUCAAGCAGGAACGGAUCGACGAGGAGGACGACGAUGUUGUGGGUUGUGAGGACAAGUUGAGUGUGUUGCUGGCGGCGACGCCCUCGGCGAUUUCACCGAAUCCCAGUAUUGGCAGUGCCGGCAACAUGACGCCCACCAGCAGCAGCAGCAGCAGCAGCAAUAGCAAUAGCAGCGGCAACACCAACAUUAUUGCCAGUCCGAUGAGCAGCUUGGGCAGCGGCAGCACCAUUACGGUCAGUUCGCGGAAUAGCUCGGCGCCGGCCAUCAAGGUGCGAGUUGUCCAGGCCAAGAGUCAUCAGGCCAGCAGACUGCAUCUGGGGCAUGUCCAGGACUUUGUGCUGCCCACGCUAACGCCGCCCUCGUCGCCGGAAUCCAGCCUGCGUAGCCACAACUAUGCCCAGCAACUGGAGGCCAGCGAUCUGGCGGCUCUGAUACAACAGCAACAGCAGCAGCAGCAACAGCAGCAACCGAGCAAUCCCACACCCGCUACAGCAAUCCUGCGCUUUACCAGCAACAACAACUCGAGCAAUCCCACAAUGACGCAACUGUUGCAACAGCAACAGCAGCUGGCCGUCCAGCACUUGAGCAUAUCGUCACAGGCCUUGGGGCAAAACCUCAAUAGCAAUGCCAACACCAAUCCCAGCAGCUCCCCCAAGAGCAGCAGCAGUCUCAGCAGCAGCAGUAGUAGCAGUAGCCUGAGCAGCAGCAACAGCAGCCUGAGCAGCAGCAGCAGCAGCAACAGCAGUAGCAGCAGCAGCAGCUCCAGCGAGCACAGCAACAUUCCGCGCAGCACCAUCGUCCGCCUGACCACGGCCAACGGCAAGCCAAGAUCGUUGGGAAUCAGUCUGGCCCACGUCAUCCAGAUGCAGAACAAUGGCAACGCCAAUGUUGCCGACGUUCUCAAUGCAGCGGCCAACAGCAGCAGCAGCAGCAGCAGCAACAGCAACACCAGCAACGGCAGCAGCUCAGCGACACAGCAGCAACAAGUGCUAUCCCCAAGGCCGGACAAGUCCUCAAACGGCUCAUCGAAAUCGCACCACCCGCGCCAACACCACAGCGAUCACAGCCCGGACGCCAAGCGUCGGAUACACAAGUGCCAAUUUCUGGGCUGCAAAAAAGUCUACACGAAGAGCUCACACCUGAAGGCCCACCAGAGAACGCACACAGGUGAGAAGCCGUACAAGUGCUCCUGGGAGGGAUGCGAGUGGCGAUUCGCGCGGAGCGAUGAGCUGACCCGCCACUACCGCAAACACACCGGGGCCAAGCCGUUCAAGUGCCGUAACUGCGAUCGGUGCUUCUCCCGGUCCGAUCACCUGGCGCUGCACAUGAAGCGUCACAUGUGAGGCGAGAUCUAAGCGGAGCAGGACGAUCCAGCCAAGGAGGAGGAGUUCAGCGGAAACUGUGUGCCAUCAAGGAACGAUGAAAAACUUGCGUAACGCUAAUCAAAACCACUAAAUUCGCCAAGUUUGAAGGGGGAUUCAAACAAAUAAACUAAAAAAAAAAAACAAAAAAUUAAUGAAAAAGGAAAACAUCACAACAACACAAGCAAGCACAAAGAUGAAAAUUCAAGUUCUCUGAUUCUGAUUCUGAUUGAAAUUUGUGUUGCCAUUAUCGUCGCCGUUAUUGUUUUCGUUAUGGUUAUCGUCGUUAUCGUUUCAAUUGCAAAUCCGAUUUGUUUCAAUGCCUUGUUAGGUGUAAGUUAAAGCUAUAACUACCAAUAGCUUGAUGCAUUUUCCCCGAUUCACACCUAUGUACGUAGCAUUUAGCCGCAAGUUCUGAACAAACUACAAAAAAUUGUGUACAAUUUACCAAAGCUAAGCAGAUUUCUUUAAUUAGUAAAGCAGAAGCAUAAAAACCGCACCCACAACCAGAAAUCCUAAAAAAUAUACCUAGUAAUAAAAAAAAAGGAUUAAUAAAAACAUAUUUUUGUUUUCAUAAUGUGAACACUGCCAAAACAAAAAUGCAAAAAAAAAGAGAAAAAAAAAACAAAAAAAAGAAAACAUAAAAAACUAGAAGAAAUAUAUUUAAUUGUAAAAUAAUAAUAAAAAUAAUUAGGUUCAUACGUCAGCAAAAAGAAAAUAGUAAUAAAACACGAAAUGAUGUUAAAGUGCAAAAUAUGUUUUAAACUAAACAUAAAAAAUCGUUGAAAAUGCUUAUUUUCUUAAAUUAAUUUUAAAUGUAAUUUAAAUGUUGAUUAGGUCUGAGUAUCAGUUCACCGCACCAUUCAAAAUAAUAAUAAAAUUAAUCAAAAUUUAAAUGAAAUUUUUUUUGAUAUUCGGUGUUUAAUGAAAAAGCAAUUUUGUUGCUAUGUUUUUAAUGCAUAUACAUAAAUGAUUAUUUAAUAAAAAAUUUCAACUUUCUCUUAUGCAUUAUCUAAGUGAUGAAAAGUAUUACGAACCCAUUUCGAUACGUACGUUUAAUUUAAUUCAAAAUUAUCAUUUUCGAUCGCAAAAAUUAUAUUUUUCUUUGACUUAACCACAAAUUCUUCUUUAUGUGCCUCAUUAAUUUUAAUUUUAAUUAAAUCACAUCAAUCGAAGCAAUUCCUUGUAGCUAAGACAAUUCUUUCAUUUUUUGUAAUUGCGUGCUGAUUUCUAUUAUAUUUAUGUAAUGUAUCAUUUCCUCAUUUUUGUUUAUAAUGAUUUGUUUUUAAUUAUUUUUAAAUAAAGGAAAAAUAUGUGAAAAGCGAUUGUUUCCAUGGGCCUAUCUUAUUUUUCAUUUAUUUUUCUAACAGCACCCCUCAGCAAAUAAGACGCGACAUCAAAGUAUACAACGUUGAUCGAUAGCAGAAUGCGCAUUUAUAGAUGUGCAUUUUCGGUCAAUCAUUAUGGUUUGUGUGAUGAGAAAUUCUGUGAUCCAGAGAACAACAACAACAAAAUAGCUAAGGCAAAGAAAAUAAAUGAAAAAAAAAACUUAAAAACCAAAUACCAAAAAGCGACUAAUCAACUGCAGCACACAUGCACGAAAAAGCGAACGAAAAAUUUGCAUAUGUUGGGAAUUGCAAUUCUCUUCUUAUUGCUAUUGAAUAAAAAAAAACAAAAAAAAUAUAUAAACGAAGGAAGGAGCAAAAACUGAAUUUAGCUAAACUCUUGAUAUAUAUAUGUAUAGAUGUUUAUGUAAAUAAGAAUCCAGUUUGUCUCCUUUUUCUAGCUUUAUUCUCAUUGAUUGUCAAUGGAUUAAGAUGUUGGUGAUUCCGUAUUGUAAUCGAUGUCGAUAUCAAGUGUACGUACGUGUGUGUUGCUUGUGCUUUGUGUCAUUUGAAUGUUAUCGUAUUUGUAUAUAGCGAUAUAUCAUCCGAAUUCUGAGCGCCACAAAAUGGAAAACCCAGUUCCAGUUCCAAUAUCCCGUUUGGCUUCCAAGCGAAAAAAUUGCACUGAACAAUACUUAAUGAAAACGUGAAAAAUCCAAAACGUCUACGAUGUGUCAAAAAUGCUUCAAUCAGUUUAGUCUAACUUUUGAGAAAGAAUUAAACACAAAAACUAAAAAAACCAAAAACCCAUUAAAAGCAAAACGAUUAAGAGUAAACCCAAAAGUAAGGAAUAUUUUGUAUAGAAAAUCUUUAAACUAAAAAUCGAUCGAGUAAAAUAUUUAGAUCCUAAUACAGAACAUUGGAUAGUCACGAGCGCAGAGUGAGCGUAACUAUGGAUAUGGAUUAAAAAAAAAUAUA